AUGAGGAAACUAACAUCUGAAGAGAAGUUGCACAUCUGUAAAAUGUAUUUUAGGAUCGGCUUUUUCCUCCUGCCUUUAGUUUGGAUCAUGAACUUUUUGUGGUUCUUCAAGGAAGUCUUCAGGAAGACGCCCACACCGAUGAGGAAACAAAUGAGGAAAUAUCUAGUGCUGUCGUUGGUUGGGGCCAUAUGUUACUCAACACUGAUGCUCAUCUGGGUGAUCGUUUACAACCUCAAGAGAUUCGACUGGGAUCGAUUCGGAGACAAACUGACUUUGAUCUUUCCAGUUGGAGAGUAUUAG